UACACACAUGGAAAGAGACUUGAACCACGCAGACCAUAAUUUUGAUAAUUUUCCUCUUUUUUUUAAAGGAUUUGAACAAAAUGCAAUUGAUUGAGUAUUGAUUGUAAAUUAUUGGCUUCUCUGGGAUGAUUGUUAAAAAAUGACCAUAAGCGGUGCUAGUAAUAAUUCAGCGAAAAUCGAAGUGUUUCUCUCUGUGCUCAAGUAUAUCGUGAAGGUUGUUGCUCGAGUGAGAAUGGCAGCACUUGAGAGAAGGGCUAAGGUUAUCCCUGUGUCGGUACCUUCAGAAAUUUUCAAGGACUACCUGGCAAAUGAAGAAUUGGACGAAAACCACUGCGUCAUCGUUCAUCCGUCCGUAGCUGAAAGCUUGAAGAUCAAGGAUGGCGAAUGGGUGUGGGUGCACAACUCGGAUGAGCAGCAAAAUAUGACCAAACUAUCCACCUCUGAUUUUGUCCGCACUGACGAAAUGAUUUUGCCGGACGCACUUUUCUUCAACGUUUCUCGAGGAGCUUGCGACAACGACUACCUACUUUUGUCACCCUCUCUGAUAGAAAAGCUUCCAAAGGCUGUUUCUUUUGACCUGUCUUUGCAGAAAUAUCCAACAGGCUGGGUGGCAUCGGACAUCGACACCCUCCUGGCAGAGUAUUUCAAAACACCUCGGCCCGUCAGCAUUUCAGAUGUCUUCUGCAUCUCGAUACGAAACUACGCACAGGAGAUGUUCUACUCUAAAUUGAGCCAAGAUUUAGAGUCUGACGUGGUGUGGUUUAAAGUGGAGAGCCUUGAGUCGGCAGGGCAGCAAGUGGACCCAAACAAAAGAUUGUGUUUUGAGGCAUCCAGACAGCAAACAAGGGUGGCUCUCGUCCCGUCCAGCGGAGGGGGAAUCCCUGGAAAAAUGGAUUGCUUUCCUGGACACCAUCAACAGUAUCAGGAGCUUGAGAGGGCUAUCAGGCUUUAUCUGGAUCCAAAAUAUUUUAAGGUUUUACAUAAAGGCAGGGGAUUGAUUUUAAAUGGAAGAGUCGGCUGUGAGGAGCUUUACCGGGCUGUUGCCAAGAACUUGGGACUCAACUUGAUUGUAAAAAAUUGCAGGGAGCUAAACAUGCCAACUGGAAAUGUAGGACAAAUAGAAGGCAAGCUGAAGCAGUUGGCUGCUAAGGUCACAGCAAACAUUUCUCCGAGCCUCAUCGUAUUUGAAAACAUAGAUGUGCUGGGGCAUGACCAUGAAAGUUCAAGUACGGAUGCAGAGGACUCGAGGUUAACAAUGUGUCUUUCGACAGUUCUGAAUUCAAUGCCUUGCGGCAAAAGUGUUGUUCUCGGAGUAACUGCUAGACCAAAAAACAUAGUCCUCUCUAUCAAUCGCACUUGGCUCUCUGCUACAACUUUGCCUCUUGAACACCCAUCAAACCCAGAGACGUGUUUAAGACAUUAUUUAGCUCGAAUAGGAUAUUACCAGUCUGAAAUUCCUAUCGACGUUCCUCGAAUGGGCGUGAGGGAAAUGGUGCUCUUAGUGAGAGAGGCUGUCAAGUCAAAGAUCCAGGGAUUAGUAAAUGAAUUGGACCUGUUCAUCAAGGGCGAUUAUAAAUUUGAAGAAAAUAGAAAAGCUAGACUUGGUGAAAAAAUAGAUGAGCAAUAUUGGAGAACUGCGCUUGAGAAUUUAAAGAUUUGCAGCCAAGAAGUUGUGGCUAACAUUCCAAAAGUCUCUUGGGAGGAUGUAGGAGGACUCGAAGAAGUACGGAAAGAAGUCUUGAGGACCGUGUCCUUGCCAAUAAAAUUUCCAUUUCUUAGAAAAUCUGGAUUAAAACGCUCAGGAAUUUUGUUAUACGGUCCUCCCGGGACAGGGAAAACUUUGGUGGCUAAAGCCGUCGCAAGCGAGUGCGGACUUAGUUUCAUUUCAGUCAAGGGGGCCGAACUUCUGAGCAUGUACGUUGGCCAAAGUGAAGAAAACGUCAGAGACGUUUUCCUGAGAGCUCGGCAAGUGGCACCCAGCAUUAUUUUCUUUGACGAACUGGACGCCCUUGCGCCUUCCAGAGGGCAAGGAGGUGACGGAGGUGGAAAUGUUUCUGACAGGGUAGUUUCUCAAUUGAUGGCAGAGAUGGAUGGGAUCGAACAAAAUUUGCAUUCGUCUGGAGACAGUGCUCCUGUUUUCGUUAUGGCCGCAACAAAUAGGGUCGAUCUGGUUGAGGCCGCUCUUUUGAGGCCUGGCAGAUUUGACAAAUUAAUGUAUGUUGGUCCCUGCAAAAGUGAUGAAGCAAAGCUUGGGGUUUUGAAGGCGUUGACUCGAAAGUUUGAGUUGUGUGACGAUGUGAAACUGGAAAUUGUGAUUGACCACCUGCCAGACGUCCCGCUGACGGGAGCUGAUUUGUACGGUGUGUGUGCUGAGGCGUGGAAGAAUGCGCUCAGAGAAAGAAUUGUUCAAAUUCAGCAAACAGGCAAGGAUGACAAAUCCCCAGUUAAAGUUGGUUUGGAUAGCUUUUUUGAUGCCGCUGCAAACAUGCGAACUUCGGUCAGUCCAGAGGAAUUAGCAGCUUACGAAAAUGAAGCCAACAAACAAAACAUUCAGUAACCUUGACCGUGAAAAAAGUUAUUUUUGAUUUUAUUCUUCAUACAUGUUUUAAUAAAAUUAUAUUUUAUUUUUUGAUUAAAAUUGUUAUUAUUUAAA